AUGCGGGGAUCAUUUUAUUCUACUACGGGAAGGUCCAAUUUGGACGGCAACGGACCGGAAUUUCACUUUGAAAUCCGACCAAAACCUAGGUUGAGAAUUGAACUCCAAAAUGCCACAAUCAUUCCAAUCCUACCCAACAGGCAACUAGAGCUCGGAAAAAGAGUAAGAAACCUCACCUGUUACACCGGGAUUGGGCGGCGAUGGCGACGGCAUGACGACGGAGGAAAACCGGUUCAAACCAUUCGAAAUUGUCGACGAAACUCGAGCUUUCCAGUCAAGAAAAAUGGUGGUUUGAGUUCAGGACUUCGAGAGGGAUCAAUUGGGAUCGGUCAUGGCCAUUGCCGUGGCCGGAACUUAGAGAAUUGA